UGUUAUGGACCUUAGGUAUGAAUAUCGUCAUGAAACAACGAGCUGACUGAGUUGUGGGGCAACUCGCCUCCUGUACUCGUUGAUGAUGACGAUGCAGGAGCAAGGCGAACUGUGCUUCCCGCUGCUCGCCAACACUUCUUGCAGGAGGACGCAGCGUCAUCCCUCGACCGCCGCUCUUUCCUACAUCCUGCUGUCUACCAUCUCUCUGAUCACCUUCACUCUGAACCUGCUGGUCAUCAUUUCCAUCUCUCACUUCAAGCAACUACAUACUCCCACAAACCUGCUGCUGCUUUCGCUGGCUACCUCGGAUUUCUCGGUGGGCUUCCUCUUUUUGUUUCAGAUUUUCCUUCUUGACGGUUGUUGGUUUUUUGGUGACCUGAUAUGCAUUGUGUAUAAUGUUCUGGACUACGUGAUAACGUCUGCCUCAAUAGGAAGCAUGGUGCUCAUAUCGGUUGAUCGCUACAUAGCAAUCUGUGACUCUCUGCAUUAUCCCAUCAAAGUUACUCUAAUAAGAGUUCAAAUAUGUAUUUUUCUGUGUUGGUCUGCUUCGAUAAUUUUCCACUGUCUCUGUUUUUUGGACUCUCUGAAGCAACCUGGCAGGUCCAACACUUGUGUAGGUGAGUGUGUGAUUGUGGUCACGUACGCUGUAGGAAUAACAGACCUCAUUUUCUCCUUCAUUGGCCCAAUCACUGUCAUUGUAAUUCUGUACAUGAAAGUGUUUGCAGUGGCUGUGUCUCAGGUGCGCGCCAUGCGCUCCCGCGUGGGGAUGGUCACAUUGCGCGGCAAAACUAUCAUGAGUUCUGAGCUGAAAGCAGCCAGGACAUUGGGCGUGGUUGUGGUGGUGUUUAUUGUGUGCAUCAUGCCAUAUUUCUGCAUCGCCAUCUCGGGCCAAGAUGUUAUGCUCAAUGCGUCAUCUUCAGCCAUUAUUAUCUGCUUGUUCUACUUCAACUCCUGCCUAAACCCACUGAUUUAUGCUAUUUUCUAUCCCUGGUUUAGAAAGUCCAUCAAGCUCAUUGUGACACUGCAAAUUCUGAAGUCUGAUUCCAGCCAAAUGAAUAUAAUGUAGACAAGCCAGCACGCGUUUCACCUUUCAUGCUGUCCAGAUUAGUACAUUCAAUUGAUUCUGUUUCAACUGUGGAUGACUGUCAUUUAUCUUCUAUUGAUUUUGUUUGCAAUGCAGACAAUCAUAAUUUCAACCGCUAAGAUGUCCAGCUCAGAACACAUUCUUGAUUUAAAAGGCCUUGACUGUUUUGUCUUUGAGAAUUAUUUUAGGGGCAUUAAUUCAAUGUGGGGGGGGAAAAAACAUCAUACAAAAAAGUGUC